AUGGUUUCUUUCACCAAACUUUUCGUCGCUGCCGCCGUCGCCGUGGGUGCCUGGUCUGCUCCCACCGAGCUGGUUGAGCGCCAGACCAUCACCAACAGCCAGGUUGGCACCAACAACGGCUUCUACUACUCGUUCUGGACCAACGGCGGUGGUCAGGUUUCCUACACCAACGGUGCUGCUGGUCAGUACAGCGUCAACUGGAACAACGCCGGUGAUUUCACCUGCGGUAAGGGUUGGGCCAAGGGUGCUGCUCGUAACAUCAAGUACACCGCCAACUUCAAGCCCUCCGGUAAUGCUUACCUGGGUGUCUACGGUUGGACCAAGGGUCCCCUGAUCGAGUACUACAUCCUCGAGAACUAUGGUUCCUACAACCCCGGCUCCGGCAUGGAGCACAAGGGCACCGUCUACAGCGACGGCUCCAACUACGACAUCUACCAGCACACCCAGUACAACCAGCCCUCCAUCUCCGGUACCCAGACCUUCAACCAGUACUGGUCCAUCCGUCAGAACAAGCGCUCCAGCGGUACCGUCACCACCGGCAACCACUUCAACGCCUGGGCCCAGCACGGCAUGCAGCUCGGCCAGCACGACUACCAGAUCCUGCUCACCGAGGGCUACCAGAGCAGCGGUUCCUCCUCCGUGACCGUCUCCGCUUAA